AUGGCUCAGAGAGCCUGGGUCAGCAUGCUCUUCCACAACCGCAAGACCCAGCUCCUGCUGGUCAACUCCCUGACGUUCGGCCUGGAGGUCUGCCUGGCUGCAGGGAUAACCUAUGUGCCUCCGCUGCUGCUGGAAGUGGGUGUGGAGGAGAAGUUCAUGACCAUGGUUUUGGGGAUAGGACCUGUCCUUGGCUUGGUUUUUGUCCCGCUGAUUGGAUCCGCCAGCGACCACUGGCACAGCAGCUAUGGUCGAAGACGACCUUUCAUCUGGAUGCUUUGCUUGGGAGUCCUGCUGAGCCUCUUCGUGAUCCCACAUGCCAGCAGCCUGGCCAGCCUGUUUGCCCUCAACACUCGCCCGCUGGAGAUUGCCUUCCUCAUCCUGGGCAUCGGGUUACUGGAUUUCUGCGGCCAGGUCUGCUUCACGCCGCUGGAGGCCCUGCUCUCAGACCUCUUCCAGGAGCCAGACAACUGCCGCCAAGCCUUCUCCUUGUAUGCCUUCAUGAUCAGCUUGGGGGGCUGCAUUGGCUACCUGCUUCCAGCCAUCGACUGGGGCGGCAGCUUUCUGGCCCCGUACUUGGGUGGGCAGGAGACAUGCCUCUUCAGCCUCCUUGCUGUCAUUUUCCUCGGCUGUGUGCUGGCCACGCUCUUUGUGACAGAGGAGGCAGCCACCCAGGCAGAUGUUCUGGAUGGCCCAGCGCUGAAGGAUGCUCCCCCUAAGCCCUCACCUCCUGCCUGCUGCUCUUGCCAGCUCUCCAGGAGCUCAUGUCUUCUGCAGGCCAGGCACAUGAUGCAGGCCCUGAGAAACCUCUGCACACUGGUGCCACGGCUUCACAGCCUCUACUGCCGCAUCCCCAAGGUCAUCCGGCGCCUGUUCGUGGCCGAGCUCUGCAGCUGGAUGGCACUCAUGACUUUCAUGCUGUUCUACACAGACUUUGUUGGGGAAGGACUGUACCACGGUGUCCCCAGAGCCAAGCCAGGCACAGAUGCCAGACGCCACUACGAUGAAGGUGUCCGGAUGGGUAGCUUGGGCCUCUUCCUGCAAUGCGUUACAUCCAUCUUCUUUUCGACAAUCAUGGACCGGAUGGUGAAGCAGUUUGGGACGCGGGCGGUCUACCUGGCCAGCGUGGUGUUCUUCCCCAUGGCUGCCUUCGUCAUGUGCCUUUCCCACAGUGUCGUCGUCGUUACCAUCUCAGCUGCUCUGACGGGCUUCACCUUCUCUGCACUCCAGAUCCUGCCAUAUACACUGGCAUCACUGUAUCAUCACGAAAAACAGGUAUUUUUGCAUAAAUAUAAGAGCAAAGAGGAGGAAGACGCAGCUCGAUUGGACAAGAAAUCAGCCUUCUCUAAAGGCCACCUUUCCAGCCAGAAGCUGCCUUACCAGAAUGGACAUGCUGGGAGCCUCUUUUCUUCCUCUUCUUCCUCCUCCUCUCCUCCAGCCGCCGGCUCGGCUCUGUGCGUCAGCUCCUCCUGCGACGUCUCGCUCAUGAUGAUGGUGGGAGAACCAGAUUCGGUGGCUCCUGGCCGAGGGAUCUGCCUGGACCUGGCUAUUUUGGACAGUGCUUUCCUUCUCUCUCAGGUUGUCCCCUCCCUCUUCAUGGGGUCCAUCGUCCAGUUUACGCAGUCAGUGACUGCCUACAUGGUGUCAGCUGCCGGCUUUGGCCUGGUGGCCAUUUACUUUGCAACCAAAGUUGUCUUUGAUAAGAGUGACAUGGCAAAGUAUUCAGAAUGA